AUGGCAGAAUAUCAGCAGCAUCGGAGACCGGGACCUGGCCAGGAGCAGCCACCUCGGUCACCCGAUUACGGCCGAUCCAACAACGACUUCCAACGCGAGGCCGCCUUUUCUAACAUAUUCGGCGCCGUCCCCGGGCCUGGUCGAUCGCACACCAUGACAUCGUCAUCUAUGCCCCCGCCCGAGCUCAUGCAACAGCAUCAGCAGCAAGCCCGAACACAGACGAUGGGAGGAGGAAUGCAGCGUCCGCCCCCGCCUAGGAUGCCUCAGGGUGGUCCUUACGGAGAUCAACCGAUGCCGCCCCGCAACAGGCCACCGAUGGAGGACCCUCGGAUGCAUCAGCAGCAAAACGGAUAUUAUCCGGGUCCGCAGCAGCGACCACCUCCCCAACAGGUUCCAUCACAACAAUAUCAACAACAGCAGCAGCAGCAACAAGCAAGACGCUACCUCGGCCAACAGCCACCGCCUCGCUUUGACUCUAGACCCCCGCCUCCCAUGAACGGCUAUAAUAAUGGUAUGAGACCUCCACCCCCAAGGUUUCACUCAGGAAGUGGUGGCCCUGGAGGUCCUCCGCCAGCGCUCAACUCGGACUCGUACCGAACCCAGAGUCUCGCGAGUGCCCCAAGACCCCAGAUGUAUCAUCCGCCUCCGAAUGCCUACCAGCAGUCGCCGGCAAAUGCUUUCCGUCAUGCACCUUACAAUGCUCCCGCCCCGAACCCGAACGCUCAUUCGGCCAGGACGACGGCGCAGGGUCGCGUUGUUCCCGACAGGCAUGAUGACCGUGCCAUGUCCAUGAGCGGAGGCUACUCGUCACACGACAGAGAUGCGCAUCAGACGAUGAGUGGACGCAUAAUACCGAACCGUAGGCCAGGCGCCCAGCCGACAGAUACUUCUCCGACAUACCAUGGUUUCGCGAAUGGAUAUACGCCGGCUCCCGGCUCACAAACAAGGACGACCAGCAUGGCUUCCUCCACCAGCGGCAGUAAUGAUAGAACCAUGUCUAUGGCAUCCACGAUAGCACCGUCCAUCGCCGCUAGUGACAAGACAGAUUCUAACACAUUGGUGCACCGCUCGUCGGUCGCGCGAUCCGUCGAGAGUGAGAGGCCUACGACGGCCAAGGUCCGACCACCGUUGGUAUACCCUGCGCUCUUGUCUCGCGUGGCCGAGUGUUUCAAGCAGAAAAUCAUUACCGGCGACAAGACGAAGAACGGCUUGACAUACAAGAACGCUUUUACAGGUAGCGAGGCAGUGGAUGUCCUUUCGUAUAUUAUUCGGACGACCGAUAGGAAUCUGGCUCUGCUUCUUGGUCGCGCUCUCGAUGCCCAAAAGUUCUUCCACGAUGUUACUUAUGAACACAGGCUACGCGACUCCUCGACGGAGAUGUACCAGUUCAAGGAGACCAUGACGGAAGAACAAGAGGAUGCGGGAACGUCAGUCAACGGUGUCUUUGUGCUGCUUUCCGAGUGCUAUUCGCCAACAUGUACCCGCGAUCAGCUGUGCUACAGCAUUGCGUGCCCUCGCCGUCUCGAACAGGUUUCCAGGUUGAAUCUGAAGAUGGGCCCAGGUCUGAAGGAUGAGUCUGCUCCAGUAGUCGGCGAGGACGACAUUGACCAAACGGACGAGCAGAAGCUCUGGAUCAACACUGUCCCCAAAGAGAUUGCCGAGCGUGUUAGCGACAAGGAGAAGAAACGCCAGGAGGUCAUAUCCGAGAUAUGCUACACCGAAAGGGACUUUGUCAAGGAUCUGGAGUACCUACGUGACUUUUGGAUCAAUCCUCUACGGUCCAAAAACUCUCCCAUUGCUGCACAUCGGAGAGAGGAGGUUGUGCGCAAAAUCUUCAGCAACAUUAUUGACCACCCUUCGAUCCACGGCGUCAGCUCUCGCUUUGCCAAGGCUCUUACGGACCGACAACAAAAGGACCCGGUUGUGUCUAAUAUUGGCGACAUCUUUAAGGAGUUCGUGCCUCAGUUCGAGCCGUUCAUCCUCUAUGGUUCCAAGCAGCUCGAGGCCAAGUUUGAGUUUGAGAAUGAGCGUUCGAACAACCCGCUAUUUGCACGAUUUGUGGACGAGAUUGAGAGGCGCAAGGAGUCGAGGAAACUGGAACUCAACGGUUACCUCACCAAGCCGACGACACGUCUGGCUAGAUACCCGCUUCUGUUGGAGAAUGUUUGCAAAUACACGGUGGACGACAGCUCGGAUAAGACGGACAUUCCCAAGGUCAUGAAGAUGAUCAAGGAUCUCCUGGCAAGAGUCAAUGCCGAGUCCGGAAAGGCUGAGAAUCGGUUCACUCUCAGGCGACUUAACGAGCAGCUCAAAUUCAGACCCAAUGAGAGGGUCGAUCUCAGACUGACGGAUGAGGGCAGAGAACUGGUGUUCAAGAGCCAGAUGAAGAAAUCUCCAACUGAUCCAGCAGACAUUACAGCAUUCUUGUUUGAUCAUGCCGUGUUAUUGGCACGCAUCAAGACUGUGGGCAAGGUUGAAGAGACCAAAGCGUACCGCAGGCCCAUUCCUCUUGAACUGCUGAUGAUCAAGGAGAUGGAGGAAGUCAUUCCAUCAACAGGGCCGAAAAGGUCUUCCAGCAGUUUGCUGCCGUUGAGAAGCGCCAACACAAGCACAAGCAAGUCGGAAGGAUGGCCUAUUACGUUCAAGCAUCUCGGCAAGGCCGGCUAUGAGUUGACUCUGUAUGCGACGAACCAGUCUGCACGCCAGAAGUGGCUAGAGUACAUUGCCGCAGCACAAGAACGGCUUAGGGCCCGGGCAGACUUUUUGAACAUGACAACAAUCUCGGCGGGCUUCUUUGGACCGGCCAACAAAGUCAACUGCUGCGUACCAUAUGACGGUGGCCGCAAGCUGGUCUACGGCACGGAUACAGGCAUCUUCAUCUCAGACCGCCGCUCUAGGACAGCAACCAACCCCAAGCGUGUCAUCGAGACGCAAAAUGUCACCCAAGUCGACGUGCUUGAGGAGUAUAACAUGCUACUGGUGCUCUCCAACAAGACACUGUACAACUAUCCUAUUUCUGCUCUCGAUUCGCCCGAGCCUUCGAGCAACAAAAAGGGUAAGAAGAUCCAGAGCCACUGCAUAUUCUUCCGGGCUGGCAUAUGCUUGGGCAGACACCUAGUCUGCUGCGUGAAAUGGUCGGCCAUCACCACCACAGUCAAGGUUUACGAACCAAACGACGCCAUGAGCAAGACACGGAAGCAGAAGGGGCUGGGUAAGAUGUUCAAUGCCGGGCAAGAUGAGCUCAAGGCCUUCAAGGAGUUCUACAUUCCAACCGAGACGACGAGCGUACACUUCCUCAAGUCGAAGCUCUGCGUGGCGUGUGCGCGUGGGUUCGAGGUGGUGGCUCUGGAGACGCUGGAGACGCAGUCACUACUCGACCAGGCAGACACGUCCCUCGACUUUGUGGCACGCAAGGAAGGGGUCAAGCCAAUUCACAUUGAGAGACUCAACGGCGAGUUCCUGCUCAACUACAGCGAAUUCUCGUUCUUUGUCAACCGCAACGGGUGGCGUGCUCGGCCUGGAUGGCGGAUCGACUGGGAGGGCACACCGCAAAGCUUCGCGCUCAGCUACCCCUGGAUCUUGGCGUUCGAGCCCAAUUUUAUAGAGCUCAGGCAUAUCGACACCGGGGCGGUGCACAUUGUGCCGCACCGAAACAUCAGGAUGCUUCACAGCAGCACGCACGAGAUCAUUUUUGCGUACGAGGACGAGAGGGGCGAGGACGUCGUCGAGGCGCUCGACUUCUGGAAAAGCCAGCGCAGGUCCGAGGUACCGACCAGUCCGGAACGAGCGGCUGCUGCGGCGACCGCCGCCUCAGAGGCAGGACCUGUGCCGAACCACAGGUAG